AUGUUUGAGUGUGGUGGAGUAGCCAUUGGCUUGUGCAUUUCACAUAGAAUAGUUGAUGAUUUGUGUAUUCAAAAUUCAUUGAUGCGUGGAGUACUUCUGCAGAUUAGGGUUGCGUCCGCGACGUUCGUUUUCAGUAAUCUUGCCAUAUCAAAUCUGAGAAGGCUUGCCCAAGGAGCUGGGCAAUUUUCAAGGGUGCAGUUGGUGACAGCGCUUAUUUGGAAAGCGCUUAUUAGAGUGGCAGAAGCUAAACAUGGACAAUUGAGGCCAUCUAUAAUAACUCAUUUGAUAAACAUGAGAGGAAGAACAUCAACAUCUCUACCAAUUUCAAAGGACUCUUGUGGGAACAUCAUUAUGCCUGCUUCGGUGCGGUUCACGCCGGAGAAAAUGGGAAACAAAGUUGAGUUUGACGAAUUAGUGAGUCUUGUCUGUGAUGCAAUCACGAAUUGUGUAAAAGAUUGUGCAAAGCCAAAAAAUGGUGAAGAUCUUUUCUUGAUGGUGGAUAGUGCUUGGAAAAAGGCAGCUGAAGAAAGCAAGAGAAAUGAAGUAGUGUCCUAUUUCUUUACAAGCACUUGUGGGAUGCCAUUUUAUCCAGAUUUUGGAUGGGGAAAGCCUGUUAGAGUUACAAGGAAAGAAUCUUUUGCUGAAGAAAUAAUUGUGUUGAUGGACACUAGAGAUGGUGAUGGAAUUGAGACAUGGAUAAGCUUGGAAGAAAAUGAUAUGCCAAUUUUUCAAGAAGAUCCUGACAUUAUGGCCUUCACUUCCCAGAGAGACCACCAUAAUGAUGAUCAGUCAAUAUUUUUGCGUUCUAAAUGCUAA